CACAUCAACCACUAGAAAGCGCCCUCUAUGCGGAAGUGAAGCUGUCAGUGCGAGACAGGAAAUUAAACCAGGAAUUAUUUUACUGUAAAAGGAGCACAGACCUAUUGCAGUAUUCUUCUUUAAACAACAAACCAUAUCGUCAAAAUGUCGAAAAAUACUGAUUCGAACCAAUUCAGGAAGGUGGACGUUGACGAGUACGACGAGAACAAAUUUGUGGAUGAUGAGGAUAAUGGAGAGAGUCAGGUCGGUCCAGAUGAAGCAGAAGUGGAUUCGCUGAUCAGACAAGGCAACCUGAUGGAAGCGCUGCAGGCUGUGCUGAAGAAUCCUCCAAUCAACACCAAAAACCAAAAUGUUAAGGAUCGUGCUGAGGCCCUGGUGCUUAAAGUGCUGAGCGCCUUCAAGAGUAGUGACAUUGAGAAGGCUGUUCAGUCUCUGGAUAAGAACGGCGUUGACCUGCUCAUGAAGUACAUCUACAAGGGUUUUGAGAAGCCUUCUGAAAACAGCAGUGCUACACUGCUGCUGUGGCACGAAAAGGCUCUCUCUGCAGGAGGAGUGGGCUCCAUCGUGAGAGUGCUCACGGCCAGGAAAACUGUGUAAGGGCUUGUACCGGACCUGACUGACUGACCGCUGGGACCACUCACUCAGGGGAUGUGCUGGCACUGGAAACCCCCCAGGGGGCGUGUGUUCAUAACGCGUCUCAAAGCAGGAGCACUGACCUAGGAUCAGUCUGGCCUUUUAGAUCCUAAUGAGUAAGAAUACACGGACACUCUUGAGACUCUUUAUGAAUGUGCGCCCCCCCCAGGACUGGUUUUCUCUCUACGCUUGAAGGAAGCUCGCAGACAUCGGACAGCCUGUCUCAAACGGCCCCUUCGUAGUCCUAAAAUGCUUAACGAUAUUCCAUCGGAAUCCAACGUUUGUCAAAAUGUUGUUGUUGUUGUUGUCAACGAAGUUGAGAAAUACUUAUAUUGUAAGAUUUCCGUCAUCGUAACGUCGUAAGGAUGACAUGUGCUAUUGUGUCAUUUUCCUAGAUAAAUAUUGCGCUAUCGUCAUGGUGGGUAGGAUGGCACCGUCAAUUAAGCUUUCACGCCCUCUUAAUGCAGAGACCAGUUUGUGUGCGAUUACGCUGGAACAAGUUAACCUGGUCCCAGAUCUGUUUGUCAUCUAUAGCCAACUCCACUGGGCAUGAAUAAUAUACAGCACUAACAGAUCUAGGGCCAAGCUAGGAACGAGCCCUUUGGAAUGUAGUGAUGGAGUGACGUUAUCACUAUGAUCCUGGACACAUGUCUCAGAGGGCCUAUUUACAAGUAUAGAAAAAUAUCCGAAAUGUCUUGGUAGAGUUAUUGAGGGAAUAGCACGUUCCUUUAGAACAAGUGUACACAUUCUGAAUCAAAUGACCAAAAUGCCUUAUUGAAAUAUUCAUUUUUUAUAUAUAUAUGCUGUAUAGGACAUUUCUGGAUUUAAUAAACAAACAUCUUACAAU